AUGGCUGAUGAGAUUCGCGGGAAUUCUGUUUACCAGGCCGAGCCUGAACCUGAGGUUUCUCAAACACCCUCGCCGGUAGAGAAGCCUCAAGCUCCGCAAGAGAAAAAUCCCGGUCUUCUGGCUAAGCUGGGACGAAUGAUCAAUGGAGAUGUCAGGGAAGAAAUGCCUGCUUUUAAGGACAUCCAGAUUCACACCUGGGAUGGUCCUGAUGACCCGGAGAACCCUUUCAACUGGAGCACCAAGUACAAAUGGCUGAUCACCAUCACCGUGUGUUUUAUUUCCAUCUUGACUGGUCUUCCAGCAGGAACCUACGGCUCUGGUAAUGACUGGAUGGAAAAGGAAUUCAAUGUCCAGAACUCUCCCUUCCCCAACCUCUACUGGGCCACCACCUCAUGGAACAUGGGCGCCGCCUUCUGGCCCCUGAUCUUCGUCCCCCUCACCGAGUCCUCUGGUCGCAUGCCUGGAUACUUCGUCGCGUACAUCAUUCUCGUGAUCUCGCUGUUUCCCUCCGCGUUCGCAAAGAACUUUGCAACCCUCGUCGUGACCCGUUUCUUCGGUGGCGGUGCCUCAUCCGUCUCUAUCAACAUUGUCGGUGGCAGUAUCUCCGAUAUCUGGUUCGGUGAACAUGCUCGCAGUCUGCCCAUGUCCAUCUUCGGUUUCACCAGUGUCAUCGGUAUUGCUCUGGGUCCCUUCAUCGGUUCUGCAAUCGUGCAGAUCCCCCGCGCCGAGCCAUGGCGCUGGAUCUUCUACGUCCAGAUCAUCUACAACGCAGCUCUGAUCCCAGUCUUCUGGUUCAUUCUCCGCGAGACUCGCCCGGAUGUCAUUCUCAAGACCCGCGCACGCAAGAUCAGAAAGGAAACCGGUCGUCCCAUCUUCGCGGCUGCGGAAAUCGAUGCCCCGAGCAAGCUCCGUUUGCUGCAGAUCUCUUUCGCUCGUCCUACGAACAUGCUGAUGACCGAGCCUGUCGUCAUCUUCUUUACUCUGUGGAUCAGUUUCGCUUGGGGAAUUCUGUACCUCUUCUUCUCCAGUGUCGUUCAAACCUACUCUACAAACUACAACUGGUCCACCCUGGCAACUGGUCUCGUCCAGCUGGCUAUUACAGUGGGUGCCGUUAUCGGAACCAUGAUCAAUCCCCUGCAGGAUAUGCUCUACUUCCGGUCCUCGCGUCGCAACACCGAGAAGCCAGGAAAGCCGGUCCCCGAAGCACGUCUAUACACUGCUAUCCCCGGUAGUCUGCUCUUCGCAGCGAGUCUGUUCUGGUACGGGUGGUCCAGUAAGCCCGAUGUGCACUGGAUCGUCCCCACUAUCGGUAUCACCUGCGCCGGUCUGGGUAUUUACUCCAUCUACAUGGCUGUCGUGAACUACCUGACGGACGCUUACGAGCGAUACGCUGCGUCUGCGCUGUCUGCUGCUUCGCUUGGACGUAAUGCCUUCGGUGCCUUCUUGCCGCUGGCUUCGCCUCAGCUUUUCAGUAACCUUGGCUUUGGAUGGGCUGGUAGUUUGCUUGGUUUCAUUGGUGUUGCGUUGUCAGUUGUGCCUGUUGUGCUUGUUCUCAAGGGUCCCCAGAUUCGCGCUCGCAGUACUUUCAUGAGCGAGGCUAUGUGGGAGCCUGAGGAGAAGGUUGAGGUUGACCAGUCUGGCAAGGGCGAUAUGGGCCCUACUGCUGAGAACAUCGCGUAA